AUGGAGGACUCAUCACCACUGGCGGCCAUUCGCCGUCCCACACACCUCUUUGGCGACAGGCUCGGCGGCUAUAGGACAAACAUUGGCCACUACUCUCCGGAUAGCAAACCUAGGGCCUUCAACCUGCGAGAGCAAUUGGGCAUCCACAACUCAAAGAAGGCUUACCUUCAAGAUGACUUCAGUCGGGGCUCAUCACCAAGCAUCUGCCUUGCAGCUGACUUGGGACAGAACUUCCGUAUUGACCAGGACAGCAGCCCCAAGUUCCCCACGCCGAGGAGAGCUCUCUUCACCUCGACAAACAUGGGCGAUAUGGGCAUGCGUGAUUGCACAUCGGCACCGCCGCUAAUGUCAUCCCCAUCGCCUGGUGGUCUGAUGGAGAUGAUGGAUAUCUCGCCCCUCCCACACAAGCUGCCUGCCACAUCCUCGUUGAUUUGUGAAUCACAGGUUGAGUCUCCAGUACUCAUGGACGACACGGAGAGCAAUGCUUCCUCAGAAAAGACGGAGGACGAGUCCGCUUCUACUGAGCCCUCGCUUCCCCAAACCACAACAGCAGAACUGCCGAGGCCGUUGGCUGUCGAGCGUCGCAGGAUUGCUCUGAGGAGGCCCUCACUCUCCCGAGCCAAAGGUUACUCUACCAGUGCCCUCUUGACUCGUGGUCAGCCUGACAACCAACUCCCUCCCUUCCGUUUUGGUGGCAACCCCAGCUUGUCCAGGGAAAACUCAUCACUCAGCUUAAGCGAAUGCUUCCAGAACUCUCCUACUCCUGAGAAGAGGCCGUCGACCGCCAACAGCCCGAUUGCCAACGUACCGGGACCGCUUCGUGUGCGUACUCAGUUUUCUAGCCUCAACGGUGCCAGCGCAUCUCGCACAGGAUCGCCCAUCUCGAGCCACUCACGGCGGCCCUCGAACCCAUUCAUGCGGCCACGUAAGCAGUACCGCCGCUCGUUGAGCAUGUUCGAGAACUCGGGGGAAGUCAUGAAGCCCAAGCAGGAGGAGCCGCCAGCAGCCCCUGCUCUCUCGUCUGUUAUGGAUAUUGAGGAGCCGGCCGAACCCAUACUGCCCCAUUUCUACCCCGAAGGAGAGAGCGACAACAUCCCUCGCAUAAAACGCCAGACGUUGUUGGACGUUCUCGAUGGACAGUACAACGAGCGUUACGACAACAAGCUCAUCAUCGACUGCCGCUUCGAGUACGAGUACGAUGGUGGCCACAUCGAUGGUGCCAUCAACUACAACGACAAGGACCUUCUUGUUACCCACCUCCUCCGAACACCGAUGGAAGGCCGUACCCUCAUCGUCUUCCACUGCGAGUACUCUGCACACCGUGCCCCGCUGAUGGCUCGUCACGUGCGCGCUGAGGACCGCAGUGCCAACGCCGAGCACUACCCCCGCCUCACAUAUCCCGAGAUCUACAUCCUCGAGGGCGGCUACAGCGGAUUCUUCGAGGAGCACCGCGACAGGUGUUAUCCCCAGGCUUACGUCGAGAUGGGCGCCGCCGAGCACGCCUUCACGUGUGAGCGUGAGAUGGGCCGCCUGCGCCAGAACCGCAAGGGCCUCUCACGCGCCGCCACGUAUGCAUUCGGCACCGGCAUCCAAGAUUCGCCUACCGCCCCUGGACGGUCCACCUGCCAGGAUUCACCAAUGUCGAUGCUGGGUGCCUCCCCUAUCCUCGGCAGUGAUCGAUUCCAUGGUAGGAGAAUGGCAUCGUACUGAAAACGGACCUCACUUAUCAACACCCACAGCACAUACUACAUACAACCUGUUAUAUACACCAACAACCCGUUGGGCUAAUUUGUAUAUGCGACAUGACACAGGCUUCUGCCGCCGUCGACGAUAUCUCCGUUCCAGAUGCUCGUCUACGGUCGGCUAUACACCUCGGACACCGAGGUCAACCAAAUCCGGUCUGCAUUUUGUCAAAGUUAUUUGCUUCUGCAUUAUUGGCCUGCUGCAACCUACACUUUCUUCAUACCUUUUUAACUUUGGACCGGCAACCUGCGCUUCACCCAUCAGUCGCAGUUUUUUUUCAGCUCUCUUCUUGUUCGUCGCCUUUGCAUUGGGACUUUGCGCUUUCAUCAACCGCCAGAUGACCCUUUGGAUCCGGCAUCUGGGCGGUCACACUGCAAUCACUGUGAGCUUUGGUUCCCCUCAGUCACACUCUAGAUUUGCAAACCACCACACCUGCAUCUGUAUUUUUGUGCGACGCAUCAAACAUUCAGCGGAUCGGAGCAUGUUUGGCCGUGCCCUCCUUUAUACGACAAACCUCCGACCGUCAGGCAUCAUCAGCAUAAUGCCUGCCUUUCAUCAACUUUACAACCGCCUUUCGCUUGUUUUACCGUUCUGCUUUGCGCCUGCAGUUCCUUCCUAGUAGGCCGACGAGUAGCUCGUCACCUAUUUGGCUGAUGUCUCUCGAACACGAAUGACAGGCAUGUUGAUUCGAUUAGGAUUCCAAGUUCUGCUGCAACUUGAUGCCCUGCCUCGAACCACUUGUCUCCUUGAAACAGGAGGCCAUGCCGAUUGCAUCACGGCCGGCCACCUUGGUAAAAGGAUUGACCUCACCGCAUUUCAGCCCACCCGGUUUUCGGGUUUUCGGUACCUCAUCGACUCACUGGCGGCUUCUCCUUGCUACGAAUGCAAUUUGCAUCGUCUCUCGGCUCAAUCAAAAUUCUUGAUUGCGCUUUUCUCGAAUCAUAAAUACCCACAACGACAUGGCGAUUGCCAUCUUCCAUGUCCUGCUUACUUGUUCAAAACUGUCUGUCGGUUCAAGACGUGAGCCGAGGCGUUUAGUCACCUCGGACACGCAAUUUCUUGUACAAAUAUCUUUUUGCUCCUAUUUGAUUUUAUGUUUGGGUGAAAACAUAAUAGUUGCUGAGUGCGAGGAGUAUUAGAAAACUGGAGGGGCGAAAUACAACAGACAGAUUGAUCACAAGAAGGGAGCAUGGUGGAUGAAGAAGCAACCGAAUUUUCUUUUUCUUGUCACAUAAGUCAUUCUCUAUUCUUCAAGUCUCUGCAUCAUCGGGGGAGCGUUCUCAUUUCAUUUUUUCUGCUUUUUCUUUUUCUCAUCUUCGGCCUAGGCCAAAAAUACCCCUCGGGAAAAGUUCGUCUGUAUGGUCACUACUGAUGAAAUGUCGGAGGACCAAAUCAAAACAAAGAAAUCGAGACAAGGGUUUGGGAUGGAGGAACGUUUUGACCUACCAUACCAUACCACUCGGUCCGAUCAACGCCACUAACAAAAAAAAACGAUAUAACAUGAACAACACCAAAAAAAAAAAUGAGAAAAAUGGACUUAUUGAAUUCACUUCUGG